UUCAGCCUCUUGCAACCCACGCCACUCUCCCCUACAUUUGCUUGCUAAGAGGCAUAGAAGAACUUCGAAGCAGCAGUUAUGGUGGUCAAGAUCUAUGGCAUGACACCGGCGGUCUGCCCGCAGAGGGUGAUGCAUUGCUUGAUCGAGAAGGGCGUCGAGUUUGAGAUCAUCCAUGUCGAUCUGGAAAAAGGAGAACACAAGACACCUGAGUACAUGACUAAACAACCGUUUGGGCAAGUCCCCUACAUUGUGGAUGGAGAUUUCGAGCUCUUUGAGUCGCGCGCUAUCGUGAGGUACUAUGCGGCCAAAUAUGCGGGCCGUGGGCCGAAUCUUCUGGGCCGGACGCUGGAGGAGAAGGCACGGAUGGACAUGUGGCUGGACGUGGAGGCCAUCAACCUGAAUCCACUGGUCUUCCCCAUCGUCUUCAACCUCUUCGUCCUGCCGGGCCAAGGCGUCGCCGGCAACAUGGCCGAGGCUCAGGCCUCCGCCGAGAAGCUCGACAAAGUGCUCGAAGUCCACGAGCGGCAGCUCUCCAAGACCAAGUACCUGGCCGGCGACGAGUUCACGCUGGCCGACCUGACCCACAUCCCGGCCCUGCGCUACGUGGUCGAGAAUUGCGGCAUGCCCCACCUUAUCAGCAACAAGAAGCAUGUGAAGGCCUGGUGGGCCGACAUCACCAGCCGCCCUGCAUGGAAGAAGGUGAUGGACAUGGUGGAGUCCAGGGCAUUAAAGUACUCGCCAUGAGGACUAAGGUGAGCUUGGGGCAUUAUGAUGAAACUAGUCUGAGUGUCUUGCUACUGUUUGGUCAUGUGUGGGAUGCAUGUUAGAGAGGUUCUGCUGCUGCACUGAAUAAAUGGAUGAGAUGGUCAUGGUGUUUUAGAUAGCUGCAGGGGAAUGCAGUGCCUGGAUUGGAGUCUUCAUCCUUGGAGUUUCAGUUGUUUCUGUGUCCUUGCUUCAAUGAAAAUGGUCGCUGCAUUUCCCAGUUUAUAA